UCCCGCGCGCCGGGCCCGCGCAGGGUCGUGCGCCCUGGGGGUCGCGGGUGUCCUGGGUUCUGCACGCCCCCAGCCCCUUGCCUGGCCGCAGUCAGCGCUGCCACCUCCCAGCGAUGUACUUGGCGAACUGUUCGAUUAGGUUGAUGAAUUUCCAAACAUUGAAGGAGCUUUUCAUUUCUGGGAUAAAUCCACCUACACAGUUGCUUUCCUGCUAUGGUCAGACAUGAUUUGAUAAGCUCAUCAGUGGAAUGAAGGGGAAAAAAUGUCACACCGUGCUGAAAGGAGGGCUAAAGGAAGUUCCUUAGGCUGAAUGAUACCAAAUGGAAGCCGAGAAAUUCAGAAAUGAAGAAAGAGCACCAGAAAUAGUCUCUGCCUUUCCCUAGAAAAAGGAGGAGAAAAUGACCAAAUGCCAGGAAAUGGUGACGUUCAAGGACGUGGCCGUGGUCUUCAGCGAGGAGGAGCUAGGGCUACUGGACCCUGCGCAGAGGAGGCUGUACCGGGAUGUGAUGCUGGAGAACUUCAGGAACCUGCUCUCAGUGGCACAUCAGCCCUUCAAACCAGACCUGAUAGCCCAGUUGGAGAGAGAAGAAAAGCUUUUGAUGUUGGAGACAAAAACUCAAAGAGGUGAAUAUUCAGGAAGCAGCAGUCAACCCAAGACAGAGAAUGUUCAAGAAGUGGGAUUGAGCUACUUUUCCCCCAAAGAGCUUUCCUCUUGUCAGACCUGGCAACAAGAUGCAGGCAGGUUCACCAGGGAUCCGGAGUCUACAAAACACUUUCAGGGGAAGAAUUUCCAACUGCAAAAACAAGGUGAUUUCCCCUACCAGAUUUGGACAGAAAUGCCAAUUCAGAUUUCUGAAGAUGGGAACUACAUAUUAACUCAGGUGGGGGAUGAUUCCAAGUAUGUAAAAAAUCAAGAAUUUUCAUCUUUGAGAGACCAGCAGUGUUGGAGGAAAAUGUAUCUGACAGAGUCACAUAAUUAUCAAUGUAAAUGUCAACAGAUUUCCACAAGAAAUAAUUCCUGUAGGUGUGACAGUGUCAGAUGGAUCUCACAUCACACUGAUAAUCUGGAAGUACACAGAAGUGGAAAAGAUGGCAGUUGUCAUCACUGUGGGGACGAUACCACGAUGGUGUCAGUACUUAAUCAGGACUCAGUUCAGAGAGGGCAGAAGCCCUGCCCAUGUACUGAGUAUAGAAAAGCCUUCCGCAGUGACUGCAGCUCUCAAGUUCAUCAGCAGCUCCACUUAGAAGGGAAACCCUGCACGUAUAGUCCAUGUGGAAAAGACUGUAGCUACAGGUCAGUUCUUCAUGUACAUCCAGGUGUUCAGAGGGGAGAUGAAGGUGUUGAGCGGUCACACCUGCAGUCUCGUCAGAGAGAGUGUACAGAGGAGAAACCGUGCAAGUGUGGAGGACACAGAAAGAACUUUACCAGUUUCUCCUCUAUUGACACUUACGAGCUUAACCACACAGGAGAAACACCCCAGAGGUGCAACCUUUAUGAGAAAUCCUUCAGUUACAGCUUAGACCUUAAUAGUAUUUUUAGGGUCCAUACUAGGGAGGAACCGCAGGAGUAUGAGAAUGGGAAUGUUUUACACCAGAGUUCAUGUCUUCAGGCUCAUCAGAAAGCGCACUCUGAAGAGAAACUAUUCACAGGUGUGAAAUACGGGAAAGAUUCCUUUUGUAGUUCAGAUCUUAACAUUGAGCAUAGAGUUCACAUGGAAGAGCACCCCUAUAAUCCUAAGGAAUGUGGCAGUGACUUCAGCCUGGCCUCACAUUAUCAGGACUUUCAGAUGGUCUACCCUAGGCAACGAUCUUACAAACAUUACGUAUGCAGUAACAGCUUCAGUCACAACUCAUAUAUUCCAGGCCGUCAGAAAAUUCACAUGGGAGAAAAACCUUAUAAGGAAUGUGCAAAUGGCUUCAACUGGAGUUCAAAACUCAAAGACCAUCAGAGAGUCCACAGUGGACAAAAGCCAUACAAAUGCAAUGUGUGUGGCAAAGCCUUCAGUCACAGAUCAGUUCUCAAUGUUCACCAGAGAGUCCACACAGGAGAGAAACCUUAUAAAUGUGAGGAGUGUGAUAAGGGCUUCAGUCGGAGCUCAUACCUGCAAGCCCAUCAGAGAGUGCACACGGGAGAGAAGCCCUACAAAUGUGAGGAGUGUGGCAAGGGCUUCAGUAGGAACUCCUACCUUCAAGGCCACCAGAGAGUUCACACUGGAGAGAAGCCAUAUAAGUGUGAGGAGUGUGGGAAGGGCUUCAGUCGGAGUUCACACCUUCAAGGCCAUCAGAGAGUGCACACUGGAGAAAAACCAUUCAAAUGUGAGGAGUGUGGGAAGGGCUUCAGUUGGAGCUUCAAUCUUCAAAUUCAUCAGCGUGUUCACACAGGAGAAAAACCCUACAAGUGUGGAGAGUGUGGCAAAGGCUUCAGUAAGGCCUCAACUCUUCUGGCCCACCAGAGAGUCCACACAGGGGAGAAGCCGUACCAAUGUGAGGAGUGUGGGAAGAGCUUCAGCCAGAGAUCAUACCUUCAGAGUCAUCAGAGUGUCCACUCUGGAGAGAGACCUUAUAUAUGUGAGGUGUGUGGGAAGGGCUUCAGUCAGAGGGCGUAUCUACAAGGUCAUCAGAGAGUCCACACUCGAGUGAAACCGUAUAAGUGUGAGAUGUGUGGCAAGGGCUUCAGUCAGAGUUCACGCCUCGAAGCACAUCGGAGGGUCCAUACCGGAGGGAAACCAUACAAAUGCGAGAUGUGCACCAAGGGCUUCAGUGAGAGUUCACGCCUUCAGGCACAUCAGAGGAUCCACACGGAAGGGAGGCCCUACAAAUGUGAACAGUGUGGCAAGGGCUUCAGCGGGUUUUCAAGCCUCCAAGCCCAUCACAGGGUCCACACUGGGGAGAAGCCAUACAAAUGUGAGGCGUGUGGGAAGGGCUUCAGCCAGAGAUCAAACCUGCAGGCUCAUCAGAGGGUGCACACGGGGGAGAAACCGUACACGUGCGACGCAUGUGGCAAGGGUUUCCGUUGGAGCUCAGGUCUUCUCAUUCAUCAGAGAGUCCAUAGUGGUGACAAAUUCUAUAAAAGUGAAGAAUAUGGUAAGGAUUAUCCUUCCUCAGAAAACCUACACAGAAAUGAAGGUCUGUAAAACGAUGUUCUGGUUUGUUUUGAAAUCCCCAGAUAGGAGAUGAAAUUUCCUAAUCGCUAGAGUUCUUUUAGUGGAAAAAAAAUGCUUUUAAAAGUGAAAAUGUAAUUUCCCCCCAAUAGCAACAUUUAUGAUGGUUAGGAGAUGACACAGCAAAGGCCUCUGAUGAGAGGGGCUCCUAGCAGAUUUUGUCAAAAGUUUAAAAAGUCAUUGCACAGAAGUGAGGGCUUUCAGAAUAUGAGUGAGAUCAGGAACUUCAACAGGAUGAUGGUGAGCCCACUAAGAUGUAAGCCCCAUGAAGGAAGGGAAUUUGCUCAUUGCAGAGUCUACAAAACCAUGACCUUUCAUAACUCAGAGUAGGUGCUCAGUAAUUUUUGCUGAAUGAGUAAAAGUAUAUAAACGUAUAACCUUUGAAAAUUUUAUGACGCUCAUUUCAAAAACUUUCAUUUAAAAAUGGAAUUGGAGGAAGAAGCCCACAAGUAAUCUUAGUAUCACCUCAAGUAAAUAUUUGAAAUGUAGACUAUCAAACAAUAUUGCAAUUUGAAAUAACAUGAAUUUGGUUGUAACCCUUUUGGGACUGGUUUCCACGUUUUUGUCCUCUUAAACAGGGGUAUGGGACAUUUCUUCAUAGUUGUUCUCUUUCUAUGCAGCAUACUCUGAAUUUAA